UGACCCCAUUGCGUGAUGUCCUGUAUCGGGACGUUUUCCUCGUAUCGAUUGAAGAUGUAAAAACCCACUCUGAAUGACGACAGAACAUCACGAAUCACUGUAGUCGUCAGCGGUCGCCCUUGUAUGCACACUCCUGCAAUAAUGCUGACGGUGUGCCUUUGGCUAGUCACCGUAGCAGUUGUCGUUGUGAGUCGCCCCCAACAACUGUGCCCCAACCAGCAGGUGCCCCUGGAGGAGAGCAUGUUCCUGGUGCCCGAACUGUCGAGGAGCACCAUCACUAGGGCACAUCCCCACUAUGCCUACCUGACCGGGGAGAGGUCCUGUCAACGUCAUACCGGGGGUCGAGUCUGCCCUUGGUACUACCGCAUCAACCACGACAGGGACAGGGAACCUAGCUUGGUUGUUGAAGCUAUGUGUAGUUGUAGUGAAUGCAGGAAAACGAGCGGCGUCUGCAGGCCGGUGUACGUCCCCAGAACGGUGCUGCGACGUCAUCCACAACGGAACUGUUUGACUUGGGCAGUGGAGCGGUUUUCAGUUGCGUGUACUUGCUAUGUUCAGCGAUAGGACAACAGUACGAGUCUUUUUAAGAUUUUUUAAAUUUGAAUAGAAUUAGGAGCAAAAUAAUAAAAUAAUAAUAUACUGAUGCAUUUUUAAAAACGCAUAAUAAACUUUCACUCGAAAUGUAAAAAGAUGUAUUUUUUGUUCAAGUCAAUCUCCAAACACAAGGGUUAAGAUUCGAACGUUGUCACGUUUCAUCAUCUAAUACCCAGAAUUCAAUUCAUUUUUAGUGGCCAAUUUACCAAACAUUAUUAACGAAGUCCAAAUGUGAUUUUCAGUUACUGCAUACAUCUGCAUUAAACAAUUACAACUUU